ACACUUGCUCGGGUUUCUGCUCGAACCACUAUGAUACACCGAGAACAAUCCAAUGCAAUUCAAUUCAAUCCAAUGCAAUUCAAUGCAAUUCAAUGCAAUUCAAUGCAAUUCAAUCCAAUGCAAUUCAAUCCAAUGGAAUGCAGUCCAAUACACCACCCACACGUCCCGGGGUGCCCACGCCGGCCGAAACACGGUGCCUUCUUUCGUUUUGUGGUGGUUUGUGGAUGGUGGUUGUUCUCUGCUCCGCGAUGCCACCGGUCGGUCGCUUGCUUGCUCGAUCGCUCCGGCAAAGCCCGGCACCCUUCGGUGGAGUCCUGUCCUGUCCUGUCCUGUCCCGUCCUCUCCUCUGCUUACUCCCCGUCGUCCACCGCCCCGCGGCUCCCGACGCUGCGGACCACCGACUCCUCGUCGAAGAGGACCCCGCGGUAGUACCGCUCCGCUUCCGCCGUCCGGGGGUCGGAAGGGGCCAUCGCCCGGUGGGGCCCCCGGGAGGGCUCGCUCCCGGCCGCGCCACCCUGCGGGGAAGGGGCAAGGGCCCGCUGCCGGGAGGGGCCCGUUUCCGCGUUCGCGUCAACGCCGGCGUCAAGGCCCGCGUCCGCUCCCGGUUCCCCCGCCGCCGUGUGGAGCUGGGCGUAGAGGUGCUCCAUGGCGCCCACGCCGACCUCGUACUGCUGCUGGACGUAGUCCUCGUACUGGACCUGCUUGUCGCAGUAGACGGUGCAGACCCCGCAGUGCUCGAGGAGGGCGUUGUUGACGGCCGAGGCGGCCCGGACGACCGAGGCCAGGAGGCCCUCCCUCUUUACCAUCGACCGCCGGGUCCGGGCGGCCAUGUUCCCGGGGGCCUCCCCGCGCGGGUCCGGGUACGAUUCGUGCAUCAUGGUGGGUGGAAUGCGGAUGUCUGUAGGAAUGGGUGUAGGAAUGGGUGUAUGAAUGGGUGUGGGAAGGCAAAGCCGAAUGCGUUGCCUGCAAUGGCCGUGGCUCUUUCUGUUGUUACUGGUAUCCCUGUCGUCGGAUUGUUCUGGUCCGGGAUCUUUUCCGGCGGGGAUUCUGUUCGGUGCGGCACUCUUCGAUCGUUCUUUUAGGUGCAGGGACACUCUCGAUGGCCAAAGAAGCUGGCGGAUCCCGUGUUCGAUAGAGCGGAUUGGAUGCGAAGGGCGGGGAUUGGUGCACCCGGUUUGUUGUGGUGCGGUGUGGGCGUGUCUGUUCUGUUCUGCUCUGUUCUGCUCUGCUCUGUUGUUGGCAAGAGCCGGAAACGGGUUGGAGGUUCUGUGGAAUGGGUGUAGGCGUCGUGUCGCGUGAUCGUCUCGUCUCGUCUCACGAAAAGGUUGUCACGGCGGAACAGCCUCUGUGCUCCGCUUUCGUGAGCAGGAACAAGCAACAAACAGAAACCGAAACU